AUGGCUCACGUAGGUUUGUUGGCAUGUUGUGCUGGCCUUCUCGCCAGUGCCGCCGCACCACACUUCUCAUCGGCUCUUUCCCUUCGCUCUGGCACAGCUGCACCACAGCAAAACAGCCUCAGCACAAAUUUAUUUGCAUUCAGCCAAGAUUUGCUGCGGUCGACAACUCCGCCCCAAGCCGAUGAGAAAACUGAAGACUGCCUGGAGAUCAUAAACAAACUAAGGAAGGAAAAUCUCAAGGACCUGUUGGGAACCCUCACCAAGGCAGGGGACGAAGAGGUGACUGCAAGCCUGAAGGAGAACGAAAUACAGGACCCAGAAGAGCCUACUGCCGCGAGUAUUGCUGCGAAGCUGGCAGGGAGCGAUGUCCAAACAUGUGAAUCGGGCAAGAGCGCAAAUGCGACGACGUAUCCCGGACUCGUUAUUCCAUUCGCGUAUGACACGGAGUUCAACUGCAACACUUUGAUCCAGGAGACUUACACAGCCGGACUCAACCACCUCAAACAAUCGAACUUCGAUCCCUCAACAGGAACAUACAAUCUCGAAAACGCUCCAUUUAAUAACGUAGACGCCAGCAAUGUGGCGUUUCUGCUGUCGGAAAAAAGCAAAAAGGUCUCGUGUGCCGCCACCAAAGACUGCAAAGCUGGCCACGACGUUUUAUUCUGCUACUUCAUAGAACCACUUCAAGAGGGAGAAAAGCCUUUCACGCCUGAGCUCUAUAAUGCCCUAUGGGGAUUGGAAACAGACACAGCGUUCAUUUCGGUUCCCUCCGUCGCCACCGUUCUAUUGGUUUCCGCUCUGAUCAUUUGGACUUGA